GCUGUUCUGAACUUCGUUUCAUCAUGAAAUUUCUUUGGAAAAUCCCUGGCUAGAGGAAAUUCAAUUGACUUUUCGACAGCAUCAUGAGUGAAUAAUCCAUUGUUGCGUGUCAUGUGCAGUUUUAGAGCGCAUCCCAUUUCAACUCAACUUGAUUAACGCUGAUUGCAAAGCAACAAAGAAAAUCACGUGGAUAUUUGCUUUUAGAGAUUCUGAAGAAUUUAUAUACUUUUCUGGGAAUUAGACAGAUUUUACAGCGUGGCUAGUAACUUGAUAAUCUUACAAAGGCUUGGAGAUUAAAGACUGUUGCCAAUCAACGUUUUGAAAUGUGGAGACAACCCAACGAGAUUUUCAUGGUUACGUUUCUCCUAAUUCUGAUGUUCUCACCAGUAACUCCGUUUGCCCUCCAACGCUUCAACUGUCCAAAAAGCUACACGUUUCCAAAUGCUCGUCUUCAAGGUGGUCUCCAAGCUGGUCAUUUUAAAAGACUUGGUCCUCCAGAUGACACCGAACUUUGCGUUCAGCGGUGUUGUGAUCAGAGGUCAUGUGACUUAGUGGCGUGGAUAGGUGAACACUGUUACUCAGUGUCUUGUUUCAGCCGUGAAUUAUGUAAACCAGUGAGGUUGGCAAGCUAUAACAAAGGCAUGAGACUCUUGUAUAUCGCAUCGAGGGAAGACGCUGAAGAUGAAGUUGAACCCGAUCGAAGAGAAGUCAGUGACAUUCUCCACUUGUCGCAAAAUGACGCCCGCUUCAUCAACAUCUCAAAGACGUCAUCGGUGAUUGAUUAUGAAGAUCCUGCUGUUAAGAAGUCCGCUAUCCAAGUUAAAAGAAUAAUUCGCUCGUUGGAGGAGAUUGAGGACGAAGAAGAUUGUGGUUCCAACAGCACUUUAGUCAGAAACAGCCGCGAAACUAACUUGUUCAGCGGAAAUUUCUAUGAACGCGGCUCUGAAAGUAUGAACUUCAAAAUGGAACAGUCUUCUGGCGGAGAGGAUUGGGAAGGAGGCCUACUUAGUGAGUCAGGUAGCGAGCAGGACGAUGACGUAACUGAUGACAUAAUUCAAACUCAAACUCACCCAGUGACUGCAGUGAAAAGAACAGAAAUGGCGUCUGUGGCCAGUCCGAGGGAUAUAGUUGAAUUUGAAUCUAGUUCGCAGUCUGGUAGUGGGGAGAGCUUAUUAGAUGACAGAAUAGAGGAGGAGCUAAGACAAGAGGAUGGGGAAGAUUCCUCUGUUGAUUUAAGUUCUUUAGGCUCAGGAUUCAUUCUUGACAAGAAGCAUGCAGACAGGUCUGGUAAAAUAAACAGAACGAUCAUGCAAGAGGUCCAACGUAAUUUACGUAAAGUAUGGCGCUAUGCCGCGGCCAGUAAGAGCCUCGGAAUGAUGUCCAAGGGACCAAAUAGUAAAGAACAGGAGCGGAAGGUGCAAGAGAUUUAUAACUUGGUGAUAAAACAUGAAUCUGACCUAGUCAAUCACCACAGAAUGAAGCCUAAGGAAUCCGUAAAGGGUGAAAGCGGGGAAUCAAGUUCGGAAGACGCUGAUGAGAAGACACAUGAUGAUUGGUGGGGUGAAGGAGAGGACGAUUCAGACGAAACAAAUGAAUCAGGAUCUGGUGUUUUACAAGAAAGCGAAGAAGAGGCACUCGUAGAAUCGGUGGAGAAUGACAUCUCUGGAGAGAACAGUGGAUUGUCGGAUUCUUCAGGGUUGCUUGGUGAGAGUGGCAGCGGUUCAGGAAUCAAAAUUGAUAGAAAACUGUUGAAAGAAGUUGAACACAACUUGCACAAAGUUUGGAGAUACGCAGCUCCUAAAAAAGACUUGGACAUGGUUGCUAAAGGACCAAAAGGAGAGGAAGAGUUAGAAAAAGUGAAAAAAAUUUACAAUAUGAUUAGCAAACAUGAGUCUGGCUCAGCAUUUAUAAAUUAUGAGAUGCGAAAGAAAGCAAAACCUUUGAGUGAUGGUGGAAAAACUCCUGGAAGUCAUCGGAGGCAUAAAAGCCGCAAAAGUAGAGAUAAAGUUAUAGGAAUAGGACACAAUGGCACUGAAGCAAAGUUGUACACACUUCAGAAAGCUAAGAACUAUCGUUACAACAAGGACUUGAAAAAUCUUAAACCCUGGGGUAUGGGAGUGGAAAAAUCCGAGCACAAACUCAGAGAGAUGAAUACAAAGAGAAUUGGUCGGAAAGACAAGGCCGCUCGGAAGAAACAGAAUUCUCUCGCUAUCCUUGGACAACAGAUGAAAGAGUUAGCAAAGAAUUUAGACGAGAAUUCUGAUCCCAUGAAGGAUAAGGACACUUCUAAAGCGCAUAAGCUUGCUGAGUCAAAGUCGGAUAGAGGGAAGGAUGCAGGAGACAGUCAUGGAGCUAAAUUAAAGCCUAAAACGAGCAGUGUGGAAGACAAUUCUCUUAAGUUCAAUGAACACAAACAGGUAUCACUUAAUAAGACACAACUAGAAAUCGGUAAAACCUUAGAGGAGCUGAUUUUGACAAGAAUGGCCCAGCUCCAAAGUCAAAGGAAGCACAAAAAGCUAAAAGGAAAACAAGAGCAUUUGAAGGAUAAUAACAAAAGUGAGGAAAAAGUAGAAGUGGCAAAAGAACCUCACAAGGCUAAGCCACGGCUUAAGAAGGACAAACUUCUCAUAGAACUGGAGAAACUUAAGUUUUUAAACGGACCUUCUACUGUUUAUAACGAGAGUAGGUUUGUGUAUCUCAAACAGUGUGGACUGUACGUGGAGGAAUAUAAUGUAUCAAAGACACGUGCCUCUUGGAACAAUGAUCUGUUUUCACCAUAUUCAUACCUCUAUGAGAUGCCAAAGAAUUAUCACACGUGUAACUCUUCCCUGUGGAUGAAUAGCACAGAUCUGCGAGGAGACGUUUUCUUGAGCUUCCGGGUCAUGUCAAUAAAAGGAAGUACCAUGACUAAUAAUGCCAACAUCUGUGAGAAGUACUGCUGCCAGGAGCCGCGCUGCCAGUCCUGGACACUGAGAUUCCAGAAAGCAAGCACAGCUAAUUGUCCCAAAGGAUCUUUUUGCUGCUGGCUGAAAAGUGCCAUACCUACGCCCAUCCGGGAUCAAGAACACUGUACAUCUGGAAUUGUGCACCGCGAGAGCACCAGACAUCCGCCGUCUGGCAUGCGAUCAGCGGUUCCUCUAGGGGGACUGGGGACGGGCUCGUUUGAAUUACGCGCCGACGGAACGAUUCAUGAAUGGACGCUCGAGAACCAGUCUCCCGGAGGUUCAGCUAAGUUGAACAAGGGAGCACUUAAUUUGGCUGUGUUUGGAGUAAGAGUGUCAGAAGUGGAUAAAGAUAAAAGCAAGGCAGUGCUGUUGAGAAUCCAUGCUCCUCGUGGGUACCCUGGAGUGGAGAGUUUGUCAUACUCCGGAUCAUAUCCUGUCAGUAAACUAACCCCCGGUGGUUCUAUAACAGAGAACGUUGACAUGAGUUUGUACGCCUUUCCAUCAUUUCAUGUGAGAAAGCGUUACAAGUCUGCGGUCCCUGCGGUUGCCUUUACCUUAGGCAUGCGUAAUAAGGCUGACAGACCUUUGAAUGUGUCAUUCAUGUUUAACUUGCCGUUAGGACAACAGGAGGAUACAAUUCGCGUGGGAGAUAAUUAUGGAGAAGUUGUAUUCACCAGAAUGAUAAAACCUUCGGACUGUGCGCAUGCGUGCUCAAAGAUGCCCAAAUGUAUGUCAUGGACAACUAAUGGACCCACAUCGUGUCUGUUGAAGGACAAAAUGCCGCUUCACGCCUGGGCCACCGGCAUCGUGUCGGGCCUUAAGGGUGAAUGGUCCGUGAAAGACUCCAUGCUGACUUGUCACAGGCCUGGGUUUUUCCCCCAGAGUGGUAGCACAACACUAUAUGCAGUUGAUGACGAAGACAGCUUGGAAUCUUUUGCAGUGGCUGACGACUUCGGAGACAUUUGGAAAAAUUUUUCGAAUACAGGAAUAAUUGGUAAUACAGCAUCUGUUAAUAACACUGGGCUACAUGGUGCAGCGUCUGCGAUGACACAGCUUCAGCCAGGAGAGAAGAAAUCGUUGACCUUAAUUUUGUCGUGGUUUUAUCCCAACCGUGAUAUGGCCAAGGUUCACGUCGGUAAUCUGUAUUCGGCCCUGUUCAAAUCCAGCCAGGAUGCAGCAAAGCACAUGCGCAAAGAUCUGCUCCAAACAGUAGUCGAUAUUCAUUCGUGGCACGAACCGAUCGUUGGGUCUGCACCUGCAAGAAAGGAACCAAUCAAUGACAAGGUUAAGCAUAUACCCAAAGGUCCGGAUGAGAACAGAGUCAAUGAGCUUCCUGAUUGGCUAAAAGAUUUGCUUGUUAACAGUAUGAGCUUCUGGAGGUCUGGGUUCUGGGCAGAAGAUGGCCGAUGGCGACAGUGGGAGGCUUUUGACUGUAAUGAUAUCGACACCAUUCAAAAUGAUAUGCAACGGAUUAUUCCUUACACUCUCUUCUUCCCAGAAUUAGUGCGAGAACUUCUAACAGCUUGGGCCGACAAUCAAUAUUCAACGGGUAUGCUACAAGAGGCACUUACUUCCGGUUGUCUAGGACCGACAGGGAAGCUUGAUUACUCUGGUGGCCGAGUGAUGGCGGACACAACAGCCAUGUUUGUGGUUGGACUUUAUCACUAUUUUCAAUGGACCGGUGACCAGACCACACUCGACCGACUUUGGCCAGCGGCUAAAAGAGCAAUGGCCUGGGUCAUGGUGGAUUCCACUAAAGGUACUGGUCUUCCUUUUCGGAAAGUUAGCACGUACGACAUCGUAGCGUUGGAUAAAUAUGACCACGACGCGUACAAUUCCUUUGUGUAUCUCUUGGCCUUGAGAGCCGCGCAGGAAAUGGGAAUGAUAAAAAACGAUACCAAGUUUACCUCUAGCAUCCAUCACGCUUUUAAUCAAGCACAGAAACGCGUCGACGUUGAGCUGUGGGACGAUAACAAGCAGUAUUACCAUGCCUGGUGGGAUAUGGAAUAUGGCUCUCCUGAGUGGAUCAUGUCAGAUUCCUUAUAUGGUCAAGUCUGGGCUUACUCCCUUGGUCUGGGAGAUCUGGUGCCUCGCAGUAAACUGAAAGAACAUUUAUUAAGCGAAGUUGAGAGAAAUGAUUCUCCUUUUGGGCUAAAAGUCUUGAAUACAGGUGAAACAGAAAUCACCCAGGAGGACACGUCAAUCAUUUUAAGCCAUCACGUUCCCGGAUGCAAAUCGUUAGAGAAUAUAACGAAGCAUAAUUCAGUUUGGAUGGGCGCAGACGCCGACUGGUCCUCUCUCAUGCUUCAUUUAGACACAGAUCCCAUAAUUGCGCUUAACCGCGCUAAAAAAUCGCUCGAUCACUGGCGCUCCACGCUCAAUGAUCAAUGGAAUAUUCAUGGCCUCAUUUCAAGCAGUGGUUAUGGACUUGACGGGCUGCCUUGGGCCACUUCUCACUAUUCCUUCCACAUGGUUCUAUGGCACAUACCUCUCGCAGUGUCAGGUCAGCAGUACUUUGCUCCCAAUGCAUCACUGACUUUCUGGCCCAAGUUUCCAAUUCCGUUUAGUUUACCUUUCUUCACGCCCAGAGCGUCGGGGACAAUUGAGGGAGCAUACGUGAAUGAGAAUGAUAGAGACGAAGAUGACAGUGAAGAAGAAGAAAUGUUUACGUUUACUGUCAAAUCAGGCGAGAUUACCUUAAAAGAACUCUCAAUCUUUGGAAGCAGGUAUGGGGAAGGCAAAAUAUCAAUAAAGCAAGGAGAAACAGUCACAUGGUCACGCCCCAAGCAAGAUGUGAAAAACAUAUUACAACAGCUGUGAAGAUGUUACGCCGCUUCAAGUGAACUGUCACGCACGAUAAGGAUGGCGGGUUUCUUCAGAACUUUUACCCGAACUGUAAUAACUGUUUUUUCCUUUUUAUGUAUGAAUAAUCAUGAAUGCAGUAAUUUACUGGAUUAAAUUAAGAUAAGAAUGGAGCACAGUGGUACCUGACCCGACAAAAACAUCUAAAUAUUUCAGUUCCUGAAACUGAUUAUCAGGAUAUGUCUGCAUCUAUCAAUUUGCGCUUUUGAACAGACAUCUCUACCCGUAUGAGGCAUCUCUCCUUACGCAAGAGAUAAUUUACAGUGAUGCUGUGCGUGUACACAGCGGCCGGUAAGAAUAGCUCUGUUUACUACUCAUCCGGUGUAGCGUAUAAGCGCAUGACAAUUUUUCAUUUACUUACUAUGACUGUUUAAGCAGCCCUCCAAAUCAAAUUUGGGGUUCGUUUUUUACAAAUAUUUGAGGUGCAUCUAGGCACUCGUGGAAUGUGGAUAUGUUGACGAAAAAUAAAUGGCCAAGAUGUUUAAUUCAAACCACAAACGAUAACGGUUCCCCCCACCUCCUCCUCUCCUCGUCUCAAAAAGUUAAACCCCGACAGAAACGUCCGUGAUAGAGAAGCUUUGUCCCCAUAACAUUAAUAGAAAGGUAAAAAAAAAAAAAAAUUUAAAAGUCACACCAUUGGUGAACCCACUGAUAUACUGUGCAUAAUAUAAGUAGGGCAUGCUUGAUUUUUCUAAGAGCCAAUAAUCCUGUUAUUCCAGGAAACCGAAAUAAAGUCGUGAUCUUCACAAAAGUCCUCCCAAUUGAUCCACUUUAUUAAAUAAACGGCCCGCUAUCUUUAGUAAGAGUUAUGCUCUCCCUGGACUCCUAAGGCCGUACUAACGCCAUGAAA